UCGCCCAAACAAUAGAUUCUUGAUUAAUAGGUACCACAACUAGAAUAAAAACGUACAUUAGAGUGCUAGAAAGAAUAUGAAAGUGUUUUGACCAAUGAAAACAAUCGGAAGGAGUCAUUGACAACUCUCUUGACGACCACGCGUAAAGCGCGAGAUUUUUGGUAGAAAUGGCGACAACAACUGCAAGCAGUGAUAAUAGGUUAGACCAUCUUGCUAAUCCCAAAAGUGUUCCGAAAACAUUCCAAGAAGACAGGCGGUCGGUGUAUUGGGUGGACAGAAAUCCUCCCACUGCAGGCCCACAUGGAACCACACAAAUUAGUACGAUCCGUCGAACUGCAAGUGAUUCGGACUACAUUGCCAGCGCGAGGGUCAAGGAGCUGUCCCGACAUCGAACACCAAACCAACACGGGUGGACAGGAGACAGACCCACCCCUAUGUGGGGAGUGAGCGAUGGUGCAAAGAAGGCAGAUGCAGGGCCCCGCCUGAUGUCCCUUAGCCAACACAAAGAGCCCCACCCCCGAUAUUUGUUUGAUCGGACAGCCUACAUGACAAUGCCACUCAUUCAAGUCAAUGAAGGGGCUACUAAAGCAAGUGCAAGUGAAAGAUUAGACGUAUUGGCCAAACCCAGAGAUAGGCGGGACCGUGACAAGUUUGGAUUCAUCACCUUGGAAACGUCAUGGGGUCAGUACAAUCCAGUCGCCCCAGCGGCCAAGACAGCCCACUGUACUCCACACGUAGAAUCUCUAGCGGAGGCCAAAAAAUACCACCCACGCUUCACCGGAGAAAAACCUGUUCAGUGGAGCGUGAACGAGAGUACUCUGAAGGCAAUCGCCAAUCUCCGCUUACAGCAGCUCUCCAGACCCCGGAGUCGUACACUCAUCAAGGAUGAUUUUGAUCCUUAUAGAGUUUCUAUGGCUGCCAGACGUGCUCAUGCUACGCCAAGGGUGGAAGAACUCUGUGUACCUAUUCCCCGGAAAGUUAGACCCAAGAAAGCAUUGUAAAGAAUAUGUGUAAAUAAUGGGUGUUUGAUUAUUGUCGUCUGUGUUUGGAUUCUUUUGCAUUUCCUCAUUUAUUCUACUUGCUGUUGUUUACGUAAACUUGGAAAAUUCAAGAGAAAUGCUCAAGAUUUGAUCAAUAACCAGUAUCAUAUUUUUCUGCUUUGUUACACAAGUUAUUGAUGGUUUCCUGCCAAUAUAUGUUUACUUCAUGCCCAUUUAAUAUAUACAUGUAUAUAUUUUUUUAUUUAUUUAUUUUUGUUUGAAUUUUUUCUCUUCAUUAUUUUCUAGAAAUGGUGAUAUUUAUUAGGUUUUGCUCAUUGAAAUUCUUAUGUACUCUGAAGAACAAGAUUUGAAUUUUGACUGAUAAAUUAUGCAUCUUGUUCGGGGUUUUCUUGCCAUAUCAUGCUCUUAGCUUCAGUAGUGUUCUACUCCGGAACGAAUCGUGUACAGUAAAAGAUAUUCAAAUAAACAAUAAAACAUUUCAAUUUAAGGCAAUCAAGAUAAUAAAGAAUUAAGUUAUGUUGGAGUAAUAUUGUCAAAAUUGUAGUAAUUGUUCUUCAUGUUUUUAAGAUUCUGUUACAAUUCUUAAAAUUUCAUUGUGUUUAAUUUUCAUGAAUUAGAAAAAAGAUUUUGGAGUGAAAAUUACAGAAGUCAUUUGUUUUUGCUCUUUAAAUGGUAUACUAUUAGAUUAAAAAGAGAAACUAUUUAAAUGAAGUUGAACUUUGGUUUCUCGAACAUCAAUAUUUCGAAUACAGUGAAUAUUUUGAAGUGAAUUGGAAGUCCCAAUUAUCUUUAUGUAUUUUAACCCCAAUAUUUCGACUCUUCCUUUGGAUAUUUCAAAGGUUUUUUUCCCACCCCCAUCAAGAUCGAGAUAACAAGGUUUGACUGUAUCAAAAACAAAUGGCAUUUCUUCAUGAUUUUCAGUAUUGUGUGUAGAUUUGACGUAUAGUCUUUGGUUGUCUGGUGUGUAUUCUUGAAUACAAAACUACAGUAUUAUUCAGAAAUUGUCACAGUAUUAUCCACUAGUAUUCUGUUCGGAUUGUGUGUUGAGAUUGUCCCCAGUAUUUUCAGAUGAAGGGGAAGCUACCCAUCAACAGAGCAUAAUUCUGAAUUCGUUGAUGCAACUUUCAGCAGUAUUAAAAUUGUUCAUAAUAUAUCAAAUACAUACGUAUAUAUCUUCGUUGAAUGAAUCUGAAGUAUUUAAAAGUUAGGGCUCAGCUUCUUUAUAUAAUUUGGUGUGUACUAAGUACACUUAGGUGAAGCUGUAACUACAAAAGUACACUCAAGUGAAACUGUAUAACUAUAGAAAUAUUCCAGGAUCACCUGAUUCUUCGGCAGCAUCGAUUUGAACAGCAAUAUAGCCCACGCAAUCUUUAGUGAGGAGAUAUAGUGGUCUGCCUUUAUGCAACCGUUUCCAAUAUAAAAAAAAAAACAAAUGGGGGGGGGGAGCUUUGUUGACUGGUUGAAGAUACUGUGAUGCAUUUUAACAUUGAAUCACUGGUGGCAAUCCUGGAAUGACAACUAUAUUUUUAGGAUAAGAUUCAUGGAAUGAGAAUCACUUUCUGUAUACAAUUUCUAACAUAUUUAUUCUUCAUUUUUACCAGUAUAAAUUUCAUAGUAUUAUAGAAAGCUGUUGUGAUAUUUUUGUGCAUUUCCUAUGAAAAGUUUUGUCUUAGGAUGUAUUUUUUUUUUCCAUUAAAAUUUGAUAUUUAUUGUA